ACCAUGAAAUCAGAGAUUUAUAUAUUAGCUUGGAUGCUUAUAUCGUAUACGUUCUCUCUAAAUGUAUAUGAUAAAUAUAAAAUUGGUCAUCGGCCCGUCCUGUUGAUAGAGGGAGAUUAUGUGUAUUUAGGUGGAGAAUUAGGUCUUGUUAAACUAGACAAAACAUCUUUUAACGAACUUAAAUUCAUUUCGGUACAAAAUGUAUGGGCAGUACUUGUUGAUGAUGACACAAAUUUGCUGAUUGUAUGUUCCUCUCUCGGAGACGGAGAAAGUCACUGUCAUAAAUUAACCCGGAAUUUAAAAAAAAAAGACAAAACGUCUGAGCGAUUUAUGGUCGAUCUUAACACACCUCCGUUAUACUUAAAAUGUAGAUUAUCGGAGAAAUUGGGAAUUAUAAUAGCAGCACCAUGUAUUAAGUCGUUCACUAACCGCAAAGAUUCCAAAACUAUAUACAGCUUACAAAUGGGAAGUCUGGAUGAAUUUUCGUAUUCUAGUACUACUGUGUACCAUUUGAUUUAUAAGGAAAACAAGAACCGCUUGCAGAUGAGGUACAAAGCCGGUUUUGUGCAUCAACAGUUUGUUUAUUUUUUGUAUAAUGUUUAUUUAAAAGACCAAUUUAUUGAAGCAAAGCUGGGCAAAAUGUGUGCAUCCCAUCAUACAUACUCCAGUAAUGGUUUUCAUACUUCGUAUGAAGAUAUUCCUCUUGUAUGUUAUCAUGACAACGUAAACUACACGAAGAUUGAAGAUGGGUUGGUACAGAAUGAAACAAUAAUUGUAUCUUUCAGUAAUCUGAAAUCAAGCGUUAUCUGUUCGUUAAGCAUUGAAGAACUAGCAAAACGUUUCCGAGAUUCGCGAAUGAAUAUCUUACGUUGUAAUCAGAAAACAGGAUGGAAAAAUCGUAGCUUGAAACCGGAUCCUUUUUCAGCUUGGCAGUCAAAAACGUGUAUCCAUUUGAAAAACCAGACAUGUGAUGAAUCGAUGGUUUGUAAUGUGAUCAAAGGAGAUUUCUGCAACACUGUUCUAUACCAUACAAUCGAGGGAGUCCAUCCCAUUGUCUCAAGUGCAGUUUAUAACACAACAGGGAUAAUUCUACGUCAUCUGUCAGCAGUUGAUUCAAAUGACAUUGUGCUGAUUGCAGGAACAAAUACUGGGCAUAUUAUUAAGUUGAACAUUAGUUCCUCUGAGUCAUAUACAGCAGACGUAGAGUAUGAAAUAACAGGAUCACAAAAUAUUGUAGACCUACAGACUGGAAAUGGAACAAUCUACAUAUUAACAGAUACAGAGUUACAAAGAAUAUCUGUGGAUGACUCUGUCUUUGACAACGACUGCACCAAUCAACGCAUUGGCUUGAAAAGCUGGUUCAAUCAUAUUAAGCCGUCGAUAUAUAUCUGUACCAUAGCUUUGCUAUACAUUAGAAGUGUCCUCUGGAAUAUGUUCUGAGCCCCUGUGUGGCAAUUUACCUAUUUUAACAAGCUUGUGUGUAUGGUGUCAGUUUUAUUUUUCAGUUUCCAUGCAAAGUGUUUAUUACAAUAAUAUACUUAGUGGAUUGUAUAAUCACAAAGAAAAUCUUUCAAAAUCACUGUCAUACAUGACCUCAUGCGAAUCAGUUUAUUAUUAAUUAAUAAUUGAAUGCUUCUUUUUGUAGUUUUAUUGUGGUGUCAAUGUGUCGACCGAGGUACAUUUUGUAUGCAGUGCGGAAUCUUAUCCAAAAUUAAAUUUAAUUUGCCAAUAAAAUGCAACAUUCAUGACUGCACGUGCUUCCCGUGACAUCGUCGCAACAAUAAAAAGGAAAAGAAACGAAAAAUCUGAUACAUCACGUUAUUUCAUGGUUGUAGCAUAACAAUGUAAUUAUAAUAAUUUUUUUUUUUUUUGGGUAAAUUUAUAGUGUUGUUUAGCGUUGACCGUGCGCACAUUUUUAGUACGAAGCGCUUCCGCUUGUAAAUACUUCCGGUGUGUAAAUAAAGGCUUUAUUUAUAAGCAAUAUUAGAUAGUAUAUACAUUUAUUUUCCAUUGCCGUAGGUAGAUAUAAAGGUUUGUUCCCUCAAGAAAAUUCUUAGUUUACGAGGGUGAUCAAAUAUGGGUUGUCUUUUUGUCGCCAUGAAAAAAAUUGGCAUCUUUUUAGUGUGCAUUCACUAUACAUUUUUCGGAAACAAUACGUUUUAAAAAUGCCCAAAAUAUCGUCUUCUGAAAAUAGGGCUCAUUCGCUUUCUAUGUUUAUAUAAUACUUCAGUUUGUAUAAAUGUGACAGCGGAAAUUCAUGUUUCACUUCUUGUUUCAGUUUUUCGUGCUUUAUUGUAUAUAUUUAUAUGUUUUAAUAAAGAUUCUUAUUUUCAUGUUUUUUAUAAUAAAAGUUCAUUUCCAAGUUUUAUAAAUUUACAGAUAUCUGAUUUCACAUGGAAAGAUAUAGUUUCGUAACUUUAAUCUGCAUAGCAUUGUUUGGUAAAAUUACAUUAUAUAAACAAUUUACAAAGUCAAUUAACGAAUACUUUUUCACAAAAGAUAGCAAAUAAAGGAUUAUAUAAUGUUGUACAAUUUCUUUCUCAAUAAUUUAGUUAAUCCGUCUCUAAGUGACAUAUGUGAGUCACACGAUUCACAGCGUUACCUUAAGUGACGCCGAGGUACCCCACAUGAUUAUCUUAAGUUUUUUUUUUGUUAAUCAUAAGAAAUUCCCCAAAUUAACCUCACCUGGAAACCAAGCUUGAAACCUGGACAAGCGUUUCUGAUCACUUGCAUUGGUGACCAGCAGACAAUAAACAUCUAUUUUUAUACAAGCUUGUUCUUCUUCCAGGUGAGUCAAGUUAAAUUAUUUAUUUUUAUAUUUCUUUAUGCUAAGAUUUUAUUACAAAGUUUUAUGACAGAAUAAGUAGCAUUUUUGUUCAUAUUUAUGUAUUUUGCAUUUAUAUUUGCCAGUUCAUAAAUUACAUUAUUUUUAUAGAUAUUGUUGAAGCCAUAACAGUUUAUUUAAAUUAAGUUAGUUUGCGCACUCGAAAGGGAAUACUUUAUACAGGAUAUAUUCAAUAAUUGUUACAAGAGUACAUUCUUUUAAUUCAAGUAUUUUCUAUAGUUUCAAGAGUUCAGAAUAAGUAUUCAAUGGAGAUUUUGUAAAUAGUUUUGUUAUUUUUUUAUAUGCAUGUUUUUCGAUACGCUUUAUUUUAAUGUGUAUUUUUCGAUAUGCUUUAUUCAAUUUCGUUAAAACUAUAUUACCUCAGAUUAUUAAACGAUGCGACAUUUUCAGGCAUUUUUACUAUUUUAGUUCGUUUAAGCAUUUAGAAGCAAUUUUGUAUAUAGUUAAUUACGGUUUUCUUUUAGUACUUUAAGUUCUUUUAUUUUUGGGCCAUUGUUCAUAUCACUUCAGAGUUACUCCCCUUAUUGAAGUAGCGUUUAUUUCUACGAAACAGAAAAUGAUGUGUUCUUCCUUUAUUCGACUAUUCAAGGUGUUUUAUAGUAUUAAAUUAUUCAUAUUAUAAUGCGUAACAUUCAAUUCUUCACGCACAUACGUUAUAAACAUUUUCUCAUGGCAUCUAUUCAUUCAAACGGCCAGUGCAUAGAAAAGGGGGGUGCUCUUGCAUUUAUGUUUAUUUUGUGUUUGUCAGUUAUAUUUACCUGGUACAUUGUACAUAGCUUUUGGUUGACUGUUUUAUUUGAUUUAGAAUUACAUUAAUUGUUUAUUCAGAAACAGGUUUAAAUGAGAUAAACUUACUUUGGCAUUGUUUCCAUAGAAACUGUAAAAUAAACUAUUCAAAUUAUCUCCCGUCAUUUUAAUUUCAUUCCCCCAGUUCAAAUUCAUAUUUAUUUCAUUCCCCCUGUUCAAAUUCAUAUUUAUUUCAUUCCCCCAGUUCAAAUUUAUAUUUAUUUAAUUCCCCCAGUUCAAAUUUAUAUUUAUUUCAUCCCCCCUAUUCAAGUUCAUAUUUAUUUCAUUCCCCCAGUUCAAGUUUAUAUUUAUUUCAUUGAGCUAGUUUUCCCCCCUAUUCAUUUAAAGUGAACUAUACUUUUGGGUGGAUUAAUUAUUCUUAUUGGCAUUAUUCAAAUACCAGGGUAACUGAUAUAUUUAAUUCUAUUCAUGUUUCUAUAUGUAUGUUUUUAUUAUGUAUGUUCAUUGUUCAUUGUAUUAUCAUUAUACACUUGCAUUGGUGACCAGCAGACAAUAAACAUCUAUU